CUCGAUGGCCUCCGGAAGCGGAAGCGUCUGUUCGGGUCCCUGCGCAGCCCGCGGGCGGGGAAGAGGAGCCGAGCGGCUGUCGCCGGGGCUGAGCCCGAGCCAUGGGGGACGAUAUGGAUGUGGUCCCCGAGCGGGAGAUGAAGGAUUUUCAGUUCAGAGCAUUGAAGAAGGUCCGAAUAUUUGAUGCUCCUGAGGAACUCCCUAAAGAGCGUUCCAGUCUCCUUGCCAUUUCGAACAAAUAUGGGCUAGUCUUUGCUGGUGGAGCAACUGGCCUGCAGAUCUUUCACACCAAAGAUCUUCUCAUGCAGAAUCAAGCAGGAGAAGAUCGCAAUAAAAUUGUUGAAAAUAUUCAAAGUAUAUUGGUUCCUAUGAAGUUUCCUGUGCAUCACCUGGCUCUGAGCUGUGAUAACCUCACACUGUCUGUCUGCAUGACAUCCAAUGAGUUUGGUUCCUUCAUUGGCUUUUUUGAUGUCCGCACGUUCUCAAAUCAGGCUAAACAGCAGAAACGUCCAUUUGCUUAUCAUAAACUGGCCAAAGACUCAGGCAGCAUGGCAAUGGUCUGUGAUCUGAAGUGGAACCCUGCUAGCCCCUCCAUGGUCGCUGUCUGUCUGUCCGAUGGUAGUAUCUCUGUCCUGCAGGUCACAGAGUCUGUGAAAGUGUGUGCCACUCUUCCUUCCUCGGUGGCUGUUACAUCAGUGUGCUGGAGCCCCAAAGGAAAGCAACUGGCUGUAGGGAAACAAAAUGGCACUGUGGUCCAGUAUCUGCCUAGCCUGCAGGAGAGAAAAGUAAUUCCCUGUCCUCCAUUUUAUGACUCAGAUAAUCCUGUUAAAGUCCUGGAUGUGCUUUGGGUUGGCACCUAUGUCUUCACUAUAGUUUACGCAGCUGCUGAUGGGACCUUGGAAACAUCCCCAGAGGUGGUGAUGGCUGUAUUACCUAAAAAGGAAGAGAAACGGCCAGAGAAGUUUAUGAAUUUCAUGGAGCCUUGCUAUGGUAGCUGCACCGAGCGACAGCAUCAUUACUUUCUCAACUAUGUUGAGGAGUGGGCUCUAGUCCUGGCAGCUUCAGCAGCUUCUACAGAAGUCAGCAUUCUCUCUAGACAAGCGGACCAGAUCAACUGGGAAUCGUGGGUUCUAGAAGAUUCCAGCAGAGCAGAACUUCCUGUGACAGAUAAGAAUGAUGACACCUUACCCGUAGGUGUUGCCAUAGAUUACACCAGUAACAUGCCAAUACUUAUCAGUGAUGAGAAGACCCUUCCUCCAGCUCCAGUUCUAAUAUUGCUCUCUACGGAUGGAGUGCUAUGUCCAUUUUACAUGAUCAAUCAAAACCCAGGUGUCAAAUCGCUCAUAGUGACCCCAGAGCCACUGUCAAUAGAAGGGGAGAGAGCACCAAAAUCAGCAGGAAGUACUGCCACAACCCCGACCACCCCUCCUGCUCCUUCAAAGUUUGAAACUGCACUAGUUGUCACUCCUGCCACAGCUUCACCUCUUGCUCCUGCAUCUUCAGCCUCUAGUCUGCUUUCUGCUGGUGGUGGAGCAGCCACUUUUUCCUUUACAUCUUCAGCUGUAAAGAUGUCCGGCUCUAUGUCUGGAGACCCCCCACCAUAUCCCUUUGCAUCAGAUGUUUCCAAGCAAGCUCUGGGUUCCAGUCUAACUGGAGCAGCUGCAUUCUCUUUUUCUUCCAAAGCUUCAGUGACUCCUUUCCCCGCUGCAGGCCCCAUGGCAGCUACAGCCAACUCCUUCUCUUUUGGAUCUACAAAUUUUAAACCAACUACAGACAGCGCACCUGUGCCACCACUGUCUACCACACCAGCCGGUCUGAAACCAUGUUUCACCCCUACAGCAUCUACUGUCAAAGUAAUCCUAAGCGAGAAGUUCACUGCCAUAGACACAUCUGCUUCUGCUGGCAGCAGCAGUCACAACAGCUCCACGAUGUUUUCAUUCUCCACUACCUCCAAACCUAUUCCUGGAGGACCCCUAAGCCAGUCCACACCCCUCUCUGCUUCACCUGCCACCCCAAUGAAGGCAUCCACCCCUGUGUCUGCAACAAUGGCGCGGCCUGCUCAGAAUGUGCCUGCAGCAUCUAAUCUACUGAAGACAGCCAGAAUCACCCCACCUGCAACAAAAUCAAUCUCCAUUCAGGGAAAGUCAGCAUUGCCCAGCACUGGGUUAGAGAAACAGGUCCAUCAGUGGAAGGAUUCGGACCCUGUCAUAGCAGGAAUCAAAGAGGAGAUUGCCCAUUUCCAAAAGGAGAUGGAAGAGCUGAAAGCCAGAACUUCUAAUGUCUGUUUCCAAGUCGGCACUGCCGAGGAGAUGAAGUGGCUGCGGACAGUGUCUCAUGACCUUCAGACCUUUCUCUUGGAGAUUAAAGAGACAACAGAGUCCCUUCAUGGAGAUAUCAGCAUUUUGAAGACUACCCUGCUGGAGGGCUUUGCUGGGGUGGAAGAUGCUAGAGGACAAAACGAGAGAAAUCAUAACUCGGGAUAUUUACAUCUGCUGUAUAAGAAACCAUUGGAUCCCAAAAGUGAAGCACAGCUUCAGGAAAUUAGACGCUUACACCAGUAUGUGAAGUUUGCUGUUCAGGACGUGAAUGAUGUUCUGGAUUUGGAGUGGGACCGGCAUCUGGAACAGAAAAAAACCCAAAAGCGCCUGAUUGUUCCUGAGCGAGAGACUUUGUUUAACACACUUGCUAAUAAUCGUGAAAUAAUUAAUCAGCAGAGGAAGAGGCUGAAUCACCUGGUGGACAGCCUGCAGCAGCUCCGCUUAUAUAAUCAGACUUCUCAAUGGAGUAUGCCUAGUGACACGUCUUCUCUUAGCAGUUCUCAAAGCUUUGACAGUGACCUUGAGAGCCUGCGCAGUGCAUUGGUGAAAACUACCUUGGAAUCGUAUGCUAAGUCCCUGCCAAAAGCACCUGCUAAAUUGUCCCCAGUUAAACAGGCACAGCUGAGGAAUUUCCUAGCGAAGAGGAAGACUCCACCUGUGAGAUCCACUGCUCCAGCCAGUCUCUCCCGAUCAGCCUUCUUGUCUCUGAGGUAUUAUGAAGAUUUGGAUGAAGUCAGCUCAACAUCCUCCAUUUCCCAGUCACUGGAGAAUGAUGAUUCACAGAUCGUAGAGCAGGAAGAGGAAGCUGCUCCAGUCCAAGUCCCCCGACAUGCUCCUGUAGUCCGUACGCCCUCUAUUCAGCCGGGUCUAAUGGCGCAGUCUCCACCAUUUGGUAAACCUCAUCUGACAAUGGGCACUUUAGUGCCUACGUCUUCAAGCAGAAUUGUUCCCCAAGGGGCAGAUAGCACAAUGCUUGCAACAAAGACUGUGAAACAUGGGGCCCUUGCUCCCACUGUCACCGUCCCAGCACCACAAGCAGCUGCUGCAGCAGCGUUGAGAAGACAGAUGGCUAGCCAGACUCCAGCAGUGAGCACCUCCUUGACUGAAUCAACUCUAAAGAACGUCCCUCAGGUGGUGAACGUGCGAGAACUGAAGAACAAUGCCUCAGCCCCUGCUGUUUCUGCGGUAAUAGGAUCUUCCGUACCUCAGUCUGCAGCCCAAGCAGUCCACCAAGUUUUGGCUACAGUUGCUACAAAUCAAGCCAAGCAGGGGUCUCUAACCAGCUCACUUAAGGCUCAGUCUUCACCUGUAUCUGCAUCCAUACCAUGUACCCUCACUACUACAGCUGGUCAAAUAUCAGCUGGCAGCAAAAUCUCAGAUACCUUCCAAGAGCCCCGGGCAUCCUCGAGCAACAACAAGGAGGAUAUUGUUGAGGAGGACAAGAAUGUGAGGCAGGCAAAUGGAGGAUCCAUUUUCCCCAACAGACAAUUGUUUUUAACCCUGGAGCCCAUCCCUACACAGGACCAGUUAGCGGCAGAGCAUGAUGUCGGGCAAGGCACCUCUGGGCAAGGGACAGCAAAAGCAGUUGCAGCUGUGACCUCUCCUACAGUGACUUCAACUCCAGUGGCCGCUGCACAGUUUAACCAGACAUUUUCAUUCUCUUCAUUGGGGACUGGGUUUAAUUUUGGUGCAGCCACAUCCACUGCAUCAACACCACCCAACCUUUCUGCCUCACAAGUAGUGACAGCCCCUGUUAAAGAGUCAAGUCAGCCUGAUGCAUUUUCACUUGGUGGGGGUACUAAAUUUGGAACAGUUCCGGAGAGCUCAUUUACCUUUGGGUCCAUCAAGCCAGCCAGUGUUUCAGGAGUCUCCAUGACGAGUGGCUCUUCUGUAGAUGCCACCCAGAUGAACAGCAAACCUGCUCCGACUGCCACUUCUAUUCCCUCCACAACCUCUGGCAAACUGGAAGUCCUUCCAUCAAAGCCAGGAGAUAAUUUAUUUCACAGUAAUAUGGCUGGGGAAACUCUUGGGAGCUUCUCAGGAUUAAGGGUUGGUCAAGCAGAUGAUAAUACCAAAGUCAAUGUUAAAGCUCCAUCUACCAACAUUGCUGGUGGACAGCCAACUAAAACAUCCACAAUACCUUCUGGAUUUACCUUUAACAGCCCUCUGCAGUUAGGGAAACCUGUGGAAGCCACUUCAACAUUAGUCAUGGCCACCAGUACAGCAUCCACAUCAGUCAGCACAAAUACUACAGGCAGCAUAUUUGGCAAUGUCCAGUUAACCAGCACCGGGUCUUCUGGGGUAUUUAGUCUUGGAGGAUCUUCAGGUGGCAGCAAGCCUGCUUUUUCAUUUGGCCUUCCACAAGCAAACAUUGUCACAACAUCCGCCUCUGUACCUGCAACUCUCCCCACUUCAGCAUCCCUGUCAUUUGUAAGUCUUUUGAGUUCAGCACCAACUGCUGUAUCCCCAGCAACUUCUAGUAAUGGCGCAGGGGAUGUCAAGCUACCACCUUUGUCUGAAAAGCCACCUGAAGGUGAAAUACUAACAACUGUGUCUGCGCCUCUAACUUCUCAGCCACAAACAACUCAACCACAAUUACAACUGUCCGAUUCUGUUAAAGACGAACCUACUUUAUCUCAGUCUAUAGCAGGUGAUGCAGAUGUUACGGGUCCUAGCACCUCCUUGACUCCUUCCACAGAUACAAUCUCUACAGCUACCUGUGCUACUGAGUCUAAGGCAGAGGCAGUUCCUCCAGUCUCUACCUCUGCCCCACUGGACCAGAACAUUUCAGUGACCACAGCUGCAGCAGAUGUUGUCAUCGCCCCUUCUGCAGAAAUUACAAGCACGUUGGCUACCACCAAGGAUAUUGAUACAUCUAUUCAAAGCCCAGCUGCAGGUACUUCUGUAUUUGGGACUGUUUCUUCAAGUUCCUCAGUGUUCUCUCAACCUCCAAAUUCCAGUUCUUCUUCCUCGGCCUUUAGUCACCCUGCUGGUGACACAACCACCACCCCUUCCACUCCUGUUUUUGGACCGCUAACAGCAGCUACCACAGCAUCUUCUCCAUUUGGUCAACACACUAGCAGCACUAUCUCCACUACUGCAGCUACUACUCAGGUAGCUGGCUCAGGGUUUGGCGCAUCUGCUUUUGGCACAGCAGCUGCGGGUGGCUUUGGUCAACCAGCAUUUGGGCAGGCACCAGCCUUUGGACAGCCAGCAAGCAGUUCUUCAAGUGGUUUUACCUUCACUCAAACUGGGUUUGGAACAAUGCCUGUUUUUGGCCAGCCGUCUUCCUCCACUGCAACUUCAAGCGGUGGGAAUGUCUUUGGAGCACCAUCUAGCACCAACAGUCCAAGUUCUUUUUCUUUUGGCCAGCCAUCUGCCAGCACUGGUGGUGGACUAUUCGGACAAAGCAGUGCUCCAGUUUUUGGACAGAGUGCUGGCUUUGGACAGGGUGGAUCAGUGUUUGGUAACAACGCCACUGCCACCACCACUACAUCAUCUUCUGGAUUCAGCUUCUGUCAAGCUUCAGGUUUUGGUUCUAGCAACACAGGUUCCGUGUUUGGACAGGCAGCCAACACUGGGGGCGCUGUCUUUGGCCAGCAGUCAUCCACUUCCAGUGGGGGUUUGUUUGGGUCUGGAAGUGGUGGAAGAAAUGGAGGUUUCUUCAGUGGCCUCGGAGGAAAGCCAAGCCAGGAUGCAGCCAAUAAAAACCCCUUUAGUUCUGCCACUGGAGGAUUUGGAUCUGCAGCUUCCCAGAAUACCUCUAGCUUAUUUGGAAACAAUGGGGCCAAGACCUUUCGAUUUGGCAACUCAUCUUAUGGAGAGCAGAAACCUACAGGCACUUUCAGUUCUGGAGGCGGGACCGUGGCCGCUCAAGGCUUUGGGUUCUCUAGUCCAACCAAAGCAGGUGGCUUCGGUGCUGCUCCAGUGUUUGGCAGCCCUCCCACUUUCGGGGGGUCCCCUGGGUUUGGAGGGGUGCCAGCAUUCGGUUCAGCCCCAGCCUUUACAAGCCCUCUGGGCUCGACGGGAGGCAAAGUGUUCGGCGAGGGUACAGCUGCAGCCAACGCCGGAGGAUUUGGUUUUGGUGGCACCAGUAACAAUGCUGCAUCAUUUGGCACUCUGGCAAAUCAAAAUGCUCCUACAUUCGGGUUGCUGUCCCAACAGACUACUGGUUUUGGCACACAAAGCAGUGGUUUCUCUGGCUUUGGGUCAAGUGGAGGAGGCUUUGGCUUUGGAUCAUCUAACUCAUCCACCUCUGGGUUUAGUGGUUGGAGAAGCUGAGAGGGGAUGUUCAUGAGCCCCUUCCACCCAUGCUGUGGUCAGCCAAGUUAGAGCUGCUCCAUUUGUGGAUCCUCUUCAUGAUCAAGCAUCAGAUCAUCUUUCUUUUGAAAUAUCAAUUCUACUUUUUUAAAAACACUUAAUGCUUAUUUUUAUGCAAUAAUUGUUCUUGCUCUUUAAUAAACUGUUUUAUCUGCUUCA